AUGUCCUCCGAUGCCACGUUUGAGCCCGAGGUCGACGUCAACGGCACUACGCCGCCGGCCGCCCUGACCGCCACCCAGUCGCUCGCCCGCGUCUUCAUGGCCGAGGGCAACGGCCGCUACACCGUCAUCCUGCCCGACAGCAGUGCUGCCCUGGCCCUCAAGUCGGGCGCGACCGAUGGAACAGAGAGGGCGGAGAAGAAGUCCACAAAAGGAGGCAAGUCAGCAAGGGGUGGUCGUGGCGGAAGAGGCAAGACCGUUCGCGGUGGUGGUGCCGUUGGGUUUAGCGGCAUGGGCCGUGUAGGCUGCGGGGGCGUCGGGCGGUGCAACGGCAGCUGUCUCGAUCGCGGUGGGAAGACAUGCAAUGGUGGUACACGCGGUAUUGCGGCGGCCGACGCGCCGACAGGGGAGAAGGAGGCGGACAACGGAGAGGCCACACCAAAGACUGCGAAAAAGAACCGCGUGCUCGUCGACCUGCACACGGCCUUUCACAACACUGUCCGCGUCGCCCGCCAUAGCAUCGUGCUCGUCGACCUGGCCAAAGCACCCGAGAGCCUGCAAAAGGGCAGCCGCGUCGUCGGCACCAUUGUCAAUGUCGUGCGAAACCCACAAGUCUGGGCCCAAGCGUCGUAUUGGCCAUACCCGCCGCCAGCAGCCACCGUCAAACCCAAAGAGGACGACUCCAUUGUCGGCCAGAUGCCGCCGAGCGACGACGAUGAGGAGUGA